CAGAGAUAUUACAUAAAGUAAAAAGCUGGCAGCCCUAAAAUGGCGAGUCCAAUGAUCGCACUGAGAUUUUCCAGCCAAAAUUUCUCAAGAAGUCUGGUAAAUUUUUAACAAAUUCGACAAUUUCUCAAUUUUUUAUCCUAAUUUAUCCUCCUUUUACUUAAUGAGCAACGCCUUUGUUUCAUAGUGCUGGAAUGCGUCCAUGAAGCUUUUCUCUACGGUUCCAGGAUUACACGUGGGUAUAACGAAUGUAACCAUGUUAAACUUCUACAGUAAACCUGCCAAAUUUACACUAAAAGUAUAUUUUUAGAUUAUCGGUACCAUAUUCAGCCAUAUUCUUGAAAAAUUUUCACUUCUUUUAGCUUUGGCUUUGAUGGUUAUGUGGGGGCAAGUUUCUAAAGAUAAUAUUAAAUUACCCUUUAAUGUGCAAUUAAAAGGUAAUUUUGAUUUUAAGAAUUUGCAUCGUCAUUCAACGUAGUAAUUUUUUUUUCUUUACAUUGUUAUCGGUUUUAUGGUAAAAAAAUUGACUUACUUGAAAUUAACUGUUAUUUUGCCGAUGGCAGUUCAUAAGAAUGAACCUAGAUACAAAGUUUUGAACUAUGUCAUUUGGUUGUUUCAAUUUUCAGGAGGUGGUUAUUGCAAGUGCAGUCAGAACACCAAUAGGAUCCUUUAGAAGUUCACUAUGCAAUUUUCCAGCCCCAAGAUUAGGAACUAUUGCAGUAAAGGCUGCAGUAGAAAAAGCAGGUGUUGUAUUAAGGGGAAUUUGAACCAGAUAUAACAAGGUUUUCCUUCAGUUGUUUUAGUGCUUCUGGAGAAACACUGUUUUUAUUCUUUUCAUUGACUGAAUUAGAGUUUUUAUUAACAUACUCUGUACUAAUUACUAUGACCUAAUUUUGACAUAAAUCUUAUUUUAUUUUUUAAGCAGUUAUUUCUCAUCUACAUUGUUAGCCAUCACCAACUUGUGUUCAGUUAAGACAAGUUUACCUUAAUUUAGCUAUGUUUUAGAGAGAAACUUACCUCAAAUACUCAAGAGGUGGAUUUUUCAGUGUGUAAACCCAGCUAAAUUAGUAUGUAGCACAAGACAUUUCUUGCUCUUAGAAGUUAUUUGCUGUUCUACAUGUGAAAUUGGUUACCAGUUGUUUUAUAACCACAGUUGUUUCUUACCUAGUUGAUUCGUACCCUGCAAGGACCAUUCAUACCCAUACUAGUAAAGAGUUUUUACCCUGUUGAGCAUGUUUGAAGUAAUAACAAUAACAAUAUAACCUGCAAUAUAAACAAAUGACUGAUAUUUAAGGCAAAACCUUGUAUAUUUUUUAACAACUAGUGAAGUGUGCCAGCUCCUCACUGCAGGCUCUGAUAUUCAAUCUUGUAAAAUUUUUACCAUGACUUUAUUAACUCUAAUUAAGGUAUUAAACCAGAGGAUGUACAGGAGGUCUAUAUGGGAAAUGUGUGUACAGCUGGUGAAGGUCAAGCACCGACAAGACAAGCAACACUUGGAGCAGGUAAUACAGUUACUAGCAACAAAUCUCUGAUUACAGUAUCACCCUUGAAUCAAACAUGAAGGGGUCGCAAGAAAAAAGGGAAAUGAUCACCAACUAAAGAAGCUCUUGAUUGUUAGACAAAUUCUCCUUAUCAGCACCUUAGGAAAUGUAUAGAGAACAUGAUGGAGAAUAUACAUACUGGUGUAAAGGGUUAAAGCAAAGGAAGGUGAGAGGUACAAAGAAAUUUCUGUGAAAGUGUUGAUCUUCAGGCUGUCCAUGACAGCUUGCCAAAUGAUCAUAAACUUGAAAUAUUAAGUUUUAUCCUUUGGUCUGACUGUUGGCCUUUACAACAGGCAGUCACUAUUUCAUGGGUCAUAUUUAUACAUAAUAACCUAACACUAGUUUGAGGAAUAGCAUUUUUUGUGAUGAUUCCCAGGCUUACCAAUAUCAACUCCAUGUACAACCAUUAACAAAGUGUGUGCAUCUGGUAUGAAGUCCAUCAUGAUGGCAGCUCAAAGUCUUGCAUGUGGAAGUCAGGUUUGGGCCGAUUUUUUUUUGUGAGUGUGUUUACCAAGAGGUUGUCUUCAAAUUGCUCUUUAUCCAUAUCUGUCUUGGGCCUCCUUCUUACCCUUCUCCAAAGACAUCCCUGUUCAUGCCCUGAUAUCAUCUGUUCACUUCUCCCAUGGUACUCAUCCCUCUCCAAUUCCUUACACCUUUCCGUCCACAAUAUCCUUUCACACACCAGGUUCAUGAAUGGUAUCAUGGAGAAUGGAAAAGCCAUAAUGAGCCUGUCAAAGUGUUUGAGUCAGAAGCAUAGGAUUUUUUUCUUUAGAAUUUGAAAAGGUAAUGUUGUGUGAAGGCUGCAAUUAUAGCAAUGCAUGUCCAAAGACCUGGUUUUGAGGAUUUUCCUUUUGAUUCUCUUUUGAAGGAAUCCUGAAGGGAACUUCAUUUCUUUUAUGCUUUUAAAAGUUUUUUAAAUAGCUAGUUAAGACUUAAAAAAUUGACUUGUUGGUCUGCUGAAUGUGAGAAAUUGAUCAGUUAACAUGAGCUGGUGCAAGAUAAAAGGUUGGUAGCUAUGUAGUCAGAAUUAUUCCAAGCGGCAAGAAAUGCGAUCACGUAUUUUGUUUUAACUGUUGAAACUCUGAUGCACCAGUGAAAUUCUGGUGCACUCUUCAUUGUAAGUUUUUCUCUCCCAUUUUCUAUUUGAACAUAACAUUCUUUCCAGUUCAUGUUUGGAUUGAAUAAAAUGAUGCAUUUGUUGAGUUCAGGUGACUUCAGACUGAUUUAGUCACUUGGAAUUAAGAAUGCUACAGAACCAAGACAAUUGAACAAAAAAGGGUGAAAGCAUCUCCAUACCUUGCUCUGUUUUUCUUAUUGCUCAUUGUCUCACAUGUUUGUUUUAUUAUAUUCUUUACAAAGCCAUCCUGCAAUAUAAAAUCUUGUUCCCAAAGAAAAUAUUUUGUACUCAUCGACUAAGAAGGAGUGGCAGGUCAUGUAAUAAAACUGGUGAUCAAGUCAGAAAGUUACUUUAUCUUGUGCUUUAUGUUACUUGUGUCGUCAGGAAGUAAUGGUUGCUGGUGGAAUGGAGAGUAUGUCAAAUGUUCCAUUUUUAGUUGGGAGAGAUCCACCAAAGUAUGGAGGACACAAAAUGGAGGCAAGUAACAUACUGUAAAAACUCUGAUAAGCCUCUGGAGGGCCCUCUUGAGGGCUUAUUACUCUGGAAGGCCUAUUACCCUGGAGGGCACCCUGACAGGGACCUAUUAAGAGAGUGUGGAGGAGGUGGGGAGGGUGGGAGGGAGGGGAGAGGGAAGUCUUAUUAUUUCAUGUCGGAUUGGUUGCUUAGUUCAAAUGGAUACUGAACACAAACUAAUUUUUAAUGAAAACUUAUGGUUACUCUAUUUGAAUUCUGAUAUUUCUUCUAUAAUUAUUUAAUAAGAUGAAAUUAAUGAUUUUUUCUUGCUUUUCAAUCAUGCACUUUAAAUAAGGUAAGGUGUAUUUGUUCCUUUGUAGGAUGGGAUUGUUAAAGAUGGCCUAUGGGAUGUAUACAAUCAGAUCCACAUGGUAUGUAGAAAUAAGUAUCCUAUAAGAAGCUACCAUGCUUGGAAAAAGAGUAUUAGAUUUCAACUUCUUUCCCUAUUUUGCCACAUUGGAAAGAACAAACAUUUUUGUUAAUUUUUAAUUUCAGCUAUAUACAAUAGUUUCUGCAUUCCUUGUGUGUACAGUUGGCUUUUUGAUCACUUCAAGUCAUCUGAAUGGCAGAAUGCUAAAUGAACUGAUGAGACGUCCAUACAGAAACUUAUCAAGCUUAAUGCUGUUUUUGUAUACAGACCUUGUCAAAUAUUACAUGUUUUGAACUCUGUUCAGUGUUGCUGAAGUGCCACAACAUAAGAAACAAAUCUAAGAAAAGGACCCAGAAAAUCUUUCAACUUCUUAUAUAUCACUAUAGUGCACUUAUUUUUCAUUGAAAAGUUGGAAAGAACCUUUUAAGCAAUACAUAUUUUAACCCAUUACACUUAAAAUAUUUAAUCCUUUAUAUCCUAACAUCAGUAUGGAUAUUCUCCAUACUGUUCUCUAUACAUUUCCUAAGGUGGUGACGAGGAGAAUAUAUAAAUAAAAUCAAGAGCUUCUUUAGUUGGUGAUCAUUUACUUCAUUCUCCGGAACCUUAAUGUAUAAUUCAAGGGUGAUAUUGUAAGGAGAUGAUGGAUGGAUAGAUGGACAUAUAAACUUGAAGAAAUACUAACUAAAGGAACUAGAAUCCCAUCCAUAGGAAGAAGAAGGAGUAAUACUGAUCUCGUCAUCCAAUAAAAUUUAGGUCAUGUUCCCUCAGCUUUGUGCCUUACCCACACAUGGAGAGUUUUAAUUCCAGAUAUGGUAGUCACUAUUUAAGUGGUGACACUGACAAGCAUAGUUACAGUAGUUACUAUUUAAAUGAAAAAAUAAUACUUCCUGCUAUUUCUCAGGGUAACUGUGCAGAAAAUACAGCUUCGAAGCUGGAACUAAGCCGAGAGGAACAGGAUGAAUUUGCAAUAGGCUCUUACAAGAAGACAGCAGCAGCCUGGGAGGUAAUUAUCCUUUUUUGUUUGAGGGAAUAACAUUGAAGAAAAGCUACCUGAGUACCAGUAUUAGGUCCAGGUUGACACCUUGUGUUCUUCACCUGACUGAACAAUUGUGGAAGACACAAAUGAAUAUUAAGUUUGAGGAAAAGAGUAAUGUGACCUGACAUAAGCAGUUAAACAGACCUACAGUUUAUUUAACUCUUACAUGUACAUCCAACUGGUCUUAUUCUUGUCAACCUACAGGCACCUUAAUCUCUUUGGGAGAGUAGGUUAUGUGUCAAACCACAUCAUGCAAUAUCAAACAUGACUUCAAGUAUAUGGAUUUGUGUGGGAUUGAUAUUGGAUGUGAUUGAUGUUGUGUGAUACAUACAUACAUACAUAUACUUUAUUGAUGCUCCCUAACCCUAUGUGGUUUAAUACAUAAUCUACUCUCUGAGGAAGCUUAGGGCACCUGUGGUCAACCUCACUAUUCCACCAAAGGUUAUUUUCCAGCAUUUUAUUCAGCCAUUUCUUGCCUUAUGUGAACAUUUGGUUUCCAAACUCAGCACUCACCAGUAAAAUUUAGGAAGCUAAAGGUAAAACUAUGUGUUGUUGAGCUAAACAUUUUGGCUGCCUUACAUAGAUAUUGUACAAUAGCUAAGACAAUAUCCACGAAAGUUGGAUGAAGUGCUGAUAAUACAAUAUUAGUAGCACUCUUAAGUCAUUGUUACCAUGGGAAGGGAAAUAUUUUGCUUUGUGUAUUCCAUUUUAGGCAGGGAAAUUCAAAGAUGAAAUUAUUCCUGUACCCAUUCCUCAAAAGAAAGGUAUGUCUGUCUAUUACUGGAUGAAGAGGGGGGCAUUGGGGUGUAUUAGAAACCACAAAACCAUAGAAAAAUCACCCAAAACUGCAAGACUGCAAAAAAAAAAUUAAAAAACUGAAAAACUGUCAAAACCAAUAAAUUUUCCCAUCCCAGGUAUUAAAACCCUUAUCAAUCUGAUGCAGUCGUGAUAGGUGGAGCAUACAGAGGUUUCACAGCUAUUCAAUAUCAGUGGAGGUGCAAAAUAUUGCCACUUGGAUUGAAGAGAAACUGAAUCCCAAACAGGAAAAACUGAAAACCACAUCGAAAUCUAAAUCUGAAAAACCAUAAAUAUUUUUUAUAGAAACUGAAAACCAAGUGCUAAAACAUGGAAAAUCCGCAAACCACAAUGAACAGUACAGUAGUUGUUUGAAUAUUGUAGUCACUAGCUAUAGAAAUCAAAGUCCAGUGGAAUUGGCCAAAAUUUUAUAUUUUGUUUGUUAUCAGGACAACCUGAUGUGGUAUUUAGUGAAGAUGAGGAAUACAAGAGAGUUUCAUUUGAUAAGUUUGCAACACUGAAGCCUGUUUUUCAGAAAGAAAAUGGUAAGCCCUCUUAUUUUAUUUUAGUGAUUUAGUCAAAAUUUGGCCAGAGAAAGUGUGGCUCCUUCUAGCAAGUAGAUUCGUUGUUUGUACAAUUGGCCUUUAGAUCACUUCAAGUUACCUGAUAGGUGAAAUGCUAAAUACACUGACGAGAUGUCCAUACAGAAAUUUGGCAAAACAAUGCAGUUUUUGUAUACAGACCUUGUCAAUUAUUAUCUGUAUUAAUACUGUUUAAUAGCUGAAAUUCUUUGAUAACUAAUGCUUUGCUGAAUAUGAGAACUUCCCUUCAUCAAGCCUAAUCAGGCAGUCUGUAUUUAAUGGCCAGACUUUCAUUGAUGCAUUUAGUAGGUGGAUAAUUUUUUUCUCCAUCUCUUGAAAUAACUUGAUUUCCUAUCAAAUAAUCAAUAUUGAAACCAAACAUUCAGUGAUGAUUACAGGGUGUGGUAAGGUACUUUUCUCUAAUAUCAAGCAACAUGUGUAUUCAUUUUACUGUAAGAAGACUUGAGUUAGUUCAUAACUGUAGGCAUAAAGUUAGUGAUUAAGCAAUUCUGUCCUGAAUAAUGAAACUGUUCUGAGAAAUUACAGCGAUAGUCCAAUAAAAUUUAGCAUUUUGAUAACAGAAUAUAGAUGUGCAUGUUGACUGUUAUGUGCUUCUUCAUAUUUAAUUCUUUAGGUACAGUAACAGCAGCUAAUGCCAGCACUCUGAAUGAUGGGGCAGCUGCUCUUGUGCUCAUGACCAGACAGGCUGCUGACCGGCUAGGAGUGAAGCCACUUGCCUCCAUCAUAGGUAACUUGAGAGAGCUGGUUGAAUAACUUUAUUGUCAGUCAGUCAGGAAAUGUGACCAUCCAGAAAAGGGUUGCUUGCAAGCUGGUCUUAAUAGUAUUAGCCCUGCUACACAAAGGUUUCAUCAGCAGUGAAAAAGUUUGAGGUGAGCUGGCAAGAUGUCUGGGAGAGGUCUGGCACUAAUAAUGGUGCCAUACUCCUUCAGACCUUUCACUGGCUUUCCUUGCACAAGGCCUCAAACUUUCUGACACAGUACGAAGUGCUUGUUCCCCAGCUCUAUCACCCUUUAACUCCCAGACCAAAUUUGUAAUUCUCCUUACCAUCAACCAUACAAUUCUUAUAAUGUUAGUUCAGAGAAUUUAGUAUUAGAUCAACUAAUUAUUCCCAAAAUUGAUAGUUUUCUUUUUUCUCAUUACUUGUCUGGUUGAUAUUGUAUUGAUAUUGUAAGGAGAAAUUCUGUCUUGGUCACUCAUGGGAGUUAAAGGGUUAAUAAGGGCCUCCUCACAGCCAAGAUAAGUCUUUUAAAGUACUGAAAAAGACUGUGAUUAGUAACAGUGAUUGAUGUUUGAGUAAUCUAAGGAUAAACUGACAUCAGAUUCAAGGGAGGAGUCUUUUUUUUUUCUAAAACAUUAUUAGUUUAGUUCAUGAGAAUUGAUUGAUACACUCUUGUUUACUUGCCUUAAAGGGAGAUAUCUGUAUUUUGUUCUUGAGGUUUUGCUGAUGCUUCAGUUGCACCCAUUGACUUUCCCAUUGCACCAGCUGCUGCCAUGCCCAAGGUAUUGUCUUGUACUUAAAACGUUGAGUUCUUUUCAAAGCAUUUUACAAUUUGGUGUAUACUCUAUUAUUUGUGAUAUUGCUGAUGCUGGCAGAGCAAACACAUUUGUCAAACGUCUGCACAUGUGCAAACCUUGUAGAGUCUAGGUGAGGCUAAGUGGUGUGCUUUUAUGGUGUCAAAAACAACUUAUCUUAUAAGCAAACACUCAAGUAAGUAAGUUGCAGUGUUUGAAAAGCAUAAAACUAUUUUGGUAAAGCUAAAACAAAAUGGCAAAUUAACAGGAAACCCAUAAUCAAGUAAGCUUUGUGUAAGAAAGUCUUGCGUUUUCUUUUUACCUCAUUUUGUCUUUUUUACAGAUUUACAUGAAGCCAUUAAUGUUUUUUUCCCGCGUAUUUGGCACGACAGUGUUUGUUUCUUCUAUUUUCCUUUGAAAUUUUGCGCGGGAAAUUGGCGAACAGCUGACCAAAAUUGAUCCCCUUGUGGAUGCCCUACAUUUGACCGUUGUGUUAUGCAGAGCAGUUGUCACAUAUGAACGUAGUAGUGGCCUAACUAGCCACAUUGUUCUCUGUAGUUCAGAGGUAAAACAGAGUACAGAAUUGGAAGGUCUGGGGUCGAUUACUUGUGGAGGACGCACACGCCCAUGACAAGAUGAAUAACACCUUUUACUAUUUUUGUCUUGUUUUUGCUUGCCUUAAGUUGUUACAACAGACAGGAUUGAAGAAAGAAGACAUUCACAUGUGGGAGAUCAAUGAGGCUUUUAGUGCUGUUGUUUUGGCCAACAUCAAGGUCGGUAUAAAAUAGUGAGCAGUGGAACUCCCAGAAACGUCGAAAUAUGUUCACUUUUAGUAUAAAUCUACUAAAUUCUAUUACAAAUGCUGCGACUGAUCUGAUUGGCUUCGCAUCUUGCUAUCUAUUCCGCGAUAGAUAGAGACUUAAGUGAUUAGCCUAACACUGUGCGGUUGAAAAUAAAAUAGGUGUGACUUGAAAUGCAUUUUGAGUAAAUAAGUUAUUGGUCUUGUUGUUUACAGUUGAUGGAGUUGGAUCCCGAGAAAGUAAAUAUUCACGGGGGUGCCGUGUCCAUCGGCCAUCCUAUUGGGUAAGUUUUGUUGUUGAUACUGGUUCAAGAUAAAGAUCAGAAAAAAGGCGAAAAUAAAGAUCAGUAGAGGCUUGACCCACAUGGGCUGGAAAAGUUUAGUUUACGCUCUGGCAGUUAUGCAAGUUUGUCUCGUAUACAGACUCUACUAAUUACACUCGUUGAAUUAUCGUAUCCAGUUUGCUGAUUGCUUGUUUCAACCUUACAGUAUGUCAGGUUCACGGUUAAUAGCUCACUUGACUCAUACUCUACCCGAGGGAGCCCUGGGUCUAGCAAGCAUCUGUAAUGGAGGUGGAGGAGCAUCAGCUAUGGUUAUCAAAAAACUCUGAGGUCAGCUGACUUAAACGUCAUAAGACAAACCUGACGUCAAUUCAAGUCUAUGGCGUAAUCCCUCUGUUGUGGCUAGUUAUUACAUCCAGUUCAACUGCUGAAGUUAACUAGGUGGGGGCUCACUAGAGGAAAUGAUAUCCGGCUAGGUGUACAGUUUAUAUCGUUGCAACACAAGUUCUGUCCGCACAGAUUGGAUAUCUAAAGAAUUCUACUAAAUUUUAUGUCUCCUUAUUAAUUCUUAAUUGGUUAAGUCACUCGCGUCCAAUUGUUAGAAACAGGCUACAGUUUGGCAAUAGGAUGGAAGAAUGCAAAAAAAAAAACGGUUUAUUUUAUGUUGAUUUGUGUGCUUAUCUCCUCAGUAAAAGAAACAAUGCAAACGAAACGACAAAAGAACUGUAAGACUAUUAUUGUUGUCGAGCACAAGGUGUUCUCAACGAAUACUUCUAUUUCAAAUAGUGCUCCCUUUUAAGUCCUAAUGGGUGUAAAGUUGUAAUAAAUGUCACAUGUUGCUUUCACUUGAAGAAUAAAAAUUUGUAACUAUGAAUCUAUCCUAGAAGUGAGCGUAAUUUCAGCCGUAACAUUUAAUCAUUCAGCAGCAGCGUUAGAUUUCAAGCGUUUACAAAACCAUUCCCUUAAAGUUACACGAAACACCUUUCAUGGAAAGUGAAACCAAUACUUUAUUUUUACACGAACU